GCAUAUUCCCGUUUAAUUUCCUCCAAACCCGCGCUUGUGUACUAAAGACUUCCAGCUAGAAUUGAACCACUCAUCAGUAUGGGCCCACCAUUGACACCUAUAUAUAAUCUCUCUCCUACAUACUUUUAGAGAGAGAAACAAACGUAUACACACAAACACAGAAUUUAAAAUUAAUUUAUUAUUCUAGGGUUUGCUGAUUCACAAUCAUCGUUCAAUUUCAUCCUUUUAAUUUUUCCACCUGCAUCAACUUGCGCACAAUUCAAUCAAUUGCCCAUCAAUUCCAGCUCCCAAAAUCCCUAAUUCCCACGUAAUUUUACGUAUUCCGUGUCAGUGAAUUGUUCUUGAAUGCGAAGCUUUUGAUUUAUUAAUUAAUAGCAGGAGCUGCAGCAAAGAUGCAAAUUUUUUAUUCGCAGUAUAAUGAAGGUUAAGAUCCUGCGCUGCUCAUCGCUUCCGGACAGCUUCCUGCAAACUUUAUCCAACUCAUCAGCAUCGCGGUCGCCGCCGCUUUCCAUGGCGGCGCGGACACUGGUGGUGGAGACCGGCGGCGGUAGGCUGCUGGAUAGGGAUGAAGAGAAGAAUUCAGAUGGGAAGAAGUAUAAAGCAGAGAAAUUCCCGCUCUCGCGGUGGGAAUUCGUCGCAGCUUUGGGGGUAUUUUUGUUAUUUUCAUCCGGGCUGCUGUGUAUUUAUCUUACUAUGCCUGCCUCUGAAUACGAGAUGCUAAAGCUGCCUCGCACACUUGCAGAUCUUCGUUUGCUCAAGGAUCAUCUUGCAAGUUAUGCUCGAGUGUAUCCGGCAAAAUUCAUCCUGGGAUAUUGCUCGACGUACAUAUUCAUGCAGACAUUUAUGAUACCGGGAACCAUUUUUAUGUCGUUACUCGCUGGAGCUCUUUUUGGAGUUGUCCGAGGCCUUUUCUUGGUUGUCUUUAAUGCCACCGCCGGUGCAUCGUCCUGCUAUUUUCUAUCCAAGUUGAUUGGCAGACCCAUUGUCAACUGGCUGUGGCCUGAAAAACUCAGAUUUUUUCAGGCAGAGAUAGCGAAACAGAGAGAGAAGUUGCUCAACUACAUGCUCUUUCUGAGAGUAACCCCGACAUUGCCAAAUCUUUUUAUCAAUUUGGCUUCCCCGAUUGUGGAUAUCCCAUUUCAUAUCUUCUUUCUGGCAACUGUCAUUGGUCUCGUUCCGGCCUCUUAUAUCACUGUCAGAGCUGGACUUGCUCUUGGCGAACUCAAGUCUGUCAAAGAUCUAUACGAUUACAAGACACUGGCCAUACUUUUCCUCAUUGGGUCUAUUUUAUUAAUUCCAACCCUUUUGAAGAGGAAGCGUGUAUACGAAUAAAGCCUUUUGUGCAUUUCCUCCACUCUUUGAAGAGAAGAAAUUGGAGCAUAAGACGAUUUUUUCUACUACGCACCAGCAUAUGGAACAGGAAACAGGAGGUAAUUUCCCUUCGUUCGGCAUACUUGAAGUGCAGAAGCCUGUCAUUCACUAUUUUCGAGAUAGGCGUAUUACCACAUUGUUUAUCUAUAACACGGAUUAGAAAUGAUGAAUUUAUACACUGGAUGCAUCGUAAAGUAACACAAUACACUAGAUCCUACUUAUUGUCCAUUUAGCUGCUUUUAUUUUGCAUUGUUCUCUAAAGUUUAACCAUCUUUAAGGGGACAAACCUUUUUCUUGUUUGUAUAUAUUUGGAGGGUAUAAUCUAUAUUACUUGCAGCAUCUAUCUUUUCCUUUA